AAAGCAGAUGAUAUUAUAGUUAUAAUAACAAGAGUCCAAAAAACAGGAUCGACAAGUUUUGUUGGUGUAGCAUAUGAUCUAUGUAAACGGAAUGAUUUUCGAGUUUUGCAUAUUAAUGUAACCGCUAAUAUGCAUGUAAUGUCAUUAGAAAAUCAGUAUAAAUUUGCCCAUAAUGUUUCAAAAUGGAACAAGUUGAAGCCAGCUUUUUAUCAUGGACACAUAGCCUAUUUGGAUUUCUCGAGAUUAGGAGGUCCUUCCAGUCCAUUGUUCAUAAACUUACUAAGGAAACCCUUAGAUAGAUUAGUUUCAUAUUAUUAUUUUUUGCGCAAUGGUGAUAAUUUUCGUCCAUAUCUAAUGAGGAAGAAACAUGGGAAUAAAAUGACAUUUGACGAGUGUGUAGAGUUGAAACAACCAGAUUGUGAUCCAAAUAAUAUGUGGUUACAAAUACCAUUUCUUUGUGGUCAUGCCGCAGAAUGUUGGGAACCGGGCAGUAGGUGGGCUUUAGAAGAAGCAAAAAGAAAUUUGAUCAAUAAUUAUUUUUUGGUUGGAUUGACGGAACAAUUAGAAGAUUUUAUAAGAAUUUUAGAAAAUUCUCUACCCAGGAUAUUCAAAGGUGCAACAGAAUAUUACCAAACGAGCAAUAAGUCACAUUUAAGGCAAACAGUUGCAAAACUUGAACCUAUGGAAAAAACUGUAGCGGCAAUAAAGAAAUCUGCAAUAUGGCAAAUGGAAAAUGAUUUGUAUCAAUUUGCUGCAAACCAUUUUGCACAUGUGAAGAAGAAAUUUUUAACACCGAAUGGUCUCCCUCAAACGUUUUUCUAUGAAAAAAUUAGGCCAAAAUCAUUUUUAACAUGA